AUGGAGGAACCUAGAUUUUAAAAAAGUCUUACAAAAGAAUAACCCUAUUUUGCAAGAAAAUUAUUUCAGAUAUAAAUGUCUAAUUAUUUUUAUGCUCGUAAUGAAUUAUUACCAUAGUAAUAUCUCCAUGAAACAUUCUUUUUAGUUGUUUCUAAUGCAGCAUUAUUAACUUGGUACUUUAGUAAAUCAAUUCCAAAAGUUAUUUGUAUUUUACAAAUAUUACGUAGUGGCAACUUGUUAUGCUUCCUUUACUGUGAUGGCUUAUGGUUAACAUGUUGAAUUCAAUAAAUCCUUAAAAUACGAUUUACCUCAAUCUAUUUUUACAAGAUUACUAUAUAGAGAAAAAUUCAAUGAAAAGUAAUUUGAUGAGUUUAACUAAAACUUUGUUAAAAGAUUUCAAUUAUCAAAAUCAUGA